UCCCACUCGCCCACACAGUCCGUCUGCAGCCGGCAGCGUCGCGGGCAGCGCGCUCAGCCCCGGCUCGGCCCGGCCCCCAGGGUCCUUCGCAGCUACCAUGAGUGAAGCCUUUGACUGUGCAAAAUGCAGCGAGUCCCUGUAUGGCCGCAAGUACAUCCAGACGGACAGCGGCCCUUACUGCGUGCCCUGCUAUGACAGCACCUUCGCCAACACCUGCGCUGAGUGCCAGAAGCUUAUCGGUCAUGACUCCAGGGAGCUGUUCUACGAAGAUCGUCACUUCCACGAGGACUGUUUCCGCUGCUGCCGCUGCCAGCGCUCCCUCGCAGACGAGCCCUUCACCUGCCAGGACAGCGAGCUGCUCUGCAAUGACUGUUACUGCAGCGCCUUCUCCUCGAAGUGCUCCGCGUGUGGCGAGACCGUCAUGCCCGGGACCCGGAAGCUGGAGUAUGGAGGCCAGACGUGGCAUGAGCAGUGCUUCCUGUGCAGUGGCUGCGAGCAGCCGUUGGGCUCCCGUUCCUUUGUGCCCGACAAGGGUGCUCACUACUGCGUGCCCUGCUAUGAGAACAAGUUUGCGCCUCGCUGCGCCCGCUGCAGCAAGACGCUGACACAGGGAGGCGUGACAUACCGCGACCAACCCUGGCACCGAGAAUGCCUGGUGUGCACCGGGUGCCAGACGCCCCUGGCGGGGCAGCAGUUCACCUCACAGGGUGACGAUCCCUACUGUGUCACCUGCUUUGGAGACCUCUUUGCACCCAAAUGCUGCAGCUGCAAGCGCCCCAUCACAGGACUUGGGGGCGGCAAGUAUGUGUCCUUCGAAGACCGCCACUGGCACCACAGUUGCUUCUCCUGCGCCCGCUGUUCUACAUCCCUGGUGGGCCAAGGCUUUGUGCCCGAUGGUGACCAAGUGCUGUGCCAGGGCUGCAGCCAGGCAGGGCCCUGAGUGUGGGCCCUGGCACCAGCCCCAGCUCCAGGACUAAGGGUCCUUUCCUAAACCACCUCUGGGACCCAGCCCCUGUCCAAAUUGGGGCUCAACUUGGGUUCUAGGAUUCAACCUCCCCACUCCCAGCAACUGCCAACUGGUACUUCCUGACCCAGGAACCCCCACCCCCAACCCCACCCAUAGCCCUAGUGGAGUAGAGCCUCCAUGACAAAUCUGGUAACCUUUAACCCCAGAACUGGCCCUCUUUCCCUAGAGGCUGGGUUUCUAAGUCAUGCUCCCACCCCAAUUCAGGGCUUGAGACCCCAGCCUCCAGACCUGGACUCUGGGACCCAGGCCCCCUUCAUCUAGAUUUGGCUCCAGACACUUUAGGUCAACACUGUGUGCCUGUUGGUCCCCCAAAGUGGACGGUUCUGGCCCGGGAUGUGGCUCAGUGGUCAAGUACAUGCCUUGGGCCUGUGAGGUGUUGAAUUCAAUCCUUGGCACCAUGUUUUGUUUUGUUUAAAAGUGGACUAUCAUGAAAGUUGACUCUCCCCACUCCAUCCCACUUCAUCCCAGGGCUGGGUAGAUCAAGGCUUCACUGGCCAAGGAGCCCUGGGGGUGCUCCCAGCCAGCCCUGCCCUUUCAGUGUUUUCUCAUUUCAUUUCCGCUCCAGUUUGCCCAGAGAUGGGCAGAGGGGUGGGACUGGCGUAGCCCCUUCAGGAUUCUGCAAUAAAGCAGUGAAGAAGC